UCCUCGGUUCUCCGUGUCUCUUGCGGGCGACGGUAUAUGACAUCCAUAGCGAGAGAGAGAAAGAAGUAUAAGAGUUUGUUGGAAGAGAAGGACCGGUAGUGGAGCAAGGAAGGUACUUUGAAGAGUUCUUCUCUCCCUUUCUCGUUUCUUUUCUUCUCUCUCUUUCUCAUUUCUCUUCUUCUCUCUCUCUCUCGUUCCGUCACGAGAUCGGUCCCCUGGAGGGUGACGAGUGCGAUCAUCCCGCAUUGCUCUCCUGAUGAGAUGCUUCGUGACCGGAUCUCCUCAGGUUUUUGUGUUGUGGAAUCAGUAGGCUGACCGUGAGAUGGAAUUUACCUAACUGUGGGAUUAAUGAGAAUGAGUAACUGUCUUCGUUGUUGUACAAGCGUGUAAUGUGAAGCAGGCCAUAAUUUUCAAGUACAGAAAAUUUCCUUGCUUAACCAAAGGCAUGCACAUCGAGGAAUUGGUGGAGGAGAAUCUGCCUCACCAUUAUAAUGGCAAGCCAGUUUUGGAUGUUUCAACUGAUGUGAUCAGCCCAUCAAGCACCAAAAGGAUAUUAGUUGGAGCAGGUGCUCGUGUUCUGUUUUACCCAACGCUGUUGUAUAACGUUUUCCGGAAUAAGAUUGAACCAGAGUUUCGGUGGUGGGAUGAGGUUGAUAAGUUUGUUCUUUUAGGCGCUGUUCCAUUUCCAAAGGACGUACCUCGCUUAAAGCAACUGGGCGUUCAUGGAGUGGUCACACUUAAUGAACCUUAUGAAACCCUCGUCCCCACUUCCUUGUAUCAAGAUCAUGGCAUUGACCACCUAUUGAUCCCUACAAGAGAUUACCUAUUCGCUCCAUCUCUUCUUGACAUAUGCCGAGCUGUAGACUUCAUUCAUAAGAAUGCGUCAUGUAGAAAAACAACUUAUGUCCACUGUAAAGCUGGCCGGGGGCGGAGCACCACGAUUGUUCUAUGUUACCUGGUGCAACAUAAGGGCAUGACUCCCAGAGAAGCAUAUGAAUACGUGCGAUCAAGCAGGCCUCGCGUUCUUUUAGCUGCUUGCCAGUGGGAGGCUGUUCAGGAGUAUUACAAUAUGAUAGUAGUGGGGAAGCGAAAUCAUUGUAGCCAUCCAAGGAUUGCUGCUGCAAAUUCACUUCAGAUUGUACCGAAGAUCCCAACAAGCCGUGCCGUGAUGGUGGAUGAUGGGUCACUCGUCAUGGUAACAGAGUCUGACCUCGAUGGCUACGUUGAUGGCAGAGGUGGUGCUUCAGGCAUCAUUGGGAACGACAUGUGCACGGACGUGGGAUUUGUGUGUAGGGUUCAGUUUGCUGGUCAGGCAGCGUUGGCAAGGCUCUCAUGCAUGUGGCUUCGAAGUCAUUCAGGAGCUAAGCUAAGUUCAGGAAAGGUAAGGUUGUCGCCAACUACUUCGAUCAAGGGUAUGGAGGCUGGUUGCUCAGGUGGUGGGUCUGAGCAGCUUGGUGGGGUGGGUGUCAACAUUUCCGUCUAUUUUCCCUGCCAACAGCCGCUGUCUUCGAAGUGAAGGCACCAAAUAAGGAUUCUGGUAUAAGUUAUGUUAGCCUCUAGUCGAGCUCUUCAAAGUAGGUCCCUCUCUCACUCCCUCCGUUUUAUCUUUUUCUUUCUCAGUCGAAGGAUGGAGAGCCUGUUGUUUCUGUAAAAUGGUAUAGUUUUGAAAUUCGAUCUCUGUCGGGAAAACAAUAAAUGGACGGUUGGAUUGAACGAAGUCUUGUCAAUCCUUGCACCGUAUGAGAACUUCUAGCACUCGGAAAAACGGGAGCGGCCAAAUUCUGAACAUGGGAAAUAAUGAUGUGGUAAGCAAGGUGAAGGUUUCAUGUCCUUUCUUGAAUUCAUAAUCUUUUUGUCA